CUCGCCGCGGCUGCGCGGUGGCGCGCGAGCUCGCACCACGCGUCGGCCGCCGCAUCGACACGCGUCGCGCCGGAGGCAGCAGGCCUGCGCGUCUCCGCCAUCCCCAGCGGAAGCGCAUGCCUCAAAAGCGAAACCAACCAGCCCAAAAAGGAGCAGAAAGCUUUGCCUCCCCCUCAUCUUCUCCCCCCUUCCCCGCGAGGCGCGCUCGAGGCCCCGGCGAGGAGAAGCAGCAGCGCGUCACCUCGCCAAUGGCGGCCCCCUCCCUCCUCCUCCGCGUACUUCUUGGAUGCGGGCGCUUCCUGUGACAAGCUUGCGCGCGGGAUGGAGGGCUAUUCGAGGGACUUGCUGGGCGGGAUCGGCAGGGGAGACGCGCCGGCGCCGCCACAGGAGCAGGGUCCGGGGCCGGCGCGGGCGGAGGAGGUCGAGCUGAGCCUCGGGCUGUCCCUCGGCGGGCGGUUCGGGGUCGAUAGGAAGGGGGAGAAGCUCGCCCGGUCGUCGUCCAUGGCGGCCGUCAUGACGGCGCCCGUGGAGGCGCCCGCGCUCGGGAGGACGAGCUCGCUGCCGGUCGACACGGAGGCGUCGGAGGUGGGGAGGAAGCAGGGGCUGGAUGGAUGGGGUUCGAGCCGUGAGACCGGUGGUCCCGCCGAGGAGCCGGCGGCGAGACUGCGGCCGAGCUUGAGCCCUUCAUCUGGCUCGUCGGACGGCGAAGGGCAAAGGUUGCAAGACACCCUCGUAAGGAGUACUUCACUCCCUGCCAGCAUUGAUGCUGCUGGCACCGAGGAGUGGAGGAAGCGAAAGGCAGCUCAGAGUCUGAAGAGGCUCGAGUUGAAAAGGAAGAGGGUUGAGAGGAGGAACACUUGCAACACCUUAAAAGAAGCGGGUGGGCAAAUCGUGGAAGAGGUGAUGAGGGCUCCCAAUGACAAAUUGCAUCAGGCUAUCAGCACAUCACACGAUAGUUUGUCAGCAGGGCGAAGGAAGCCAAAUUCAGCCUCCAAAGGAACAGCCACUGCCGAGGCGCACAGCCCGUCAUCAGUUGGUCCACCAGCUGGUGAGGUUGCAAGUUGCGCAACGGUAGCAAGCCCACCACCGUCUUCGUUGGCUGGCAGAGCGGCAGCCCUUGGCUCCAGGGGAUAUCAACAAAGCACUUCGGGCACAUAUGCAGCAAGGGCAAGGAGCAUGGGGGAUGUGGAGAGAACCAUGAUGCAAGAGAUGCCGAGCGUCUUCACCAAGGGUCUCCCCAACGGCAACAGGUUGGAAGGCUUCCUGUACAAGUACAGGAAAGGCGAACAAGUGCGAAUAGUUUGCAUUUGCCAUGGGACCUUCCACACUCCCGCCGGGUUCGUGGAGCACGCGGGGGGCGGCAACGUCUCCAACCCGCUGCGGCAUAUUGUCGUCACCCCGCUCGAGAACCUGUGAACCUUCGCUGCCAGACCCAUGCAAAUGCAAGUGUUCUGUAGUGUCACCUUCAGCCUAGCAUCAGAGUAGAUGUCAUCGACCGAUUGUGUAGUACAGUGCUUAUUAUGCUGAUGAAAUUGAGGGCCAUUGCUCCCAGCCCUGCCGACAUCUUGGUGGUAGCAUGACCUGUUGAUAAUGUCUUAAUCCUUCCUGAGAGUGGUUUAGUUCUGUAGCGUCAGCCUUCAGCCUAGCAUCAGAGUAGAUGUCAUCGACAGAUUGUGUAGUGCAGUGCUUAUUAUGCUGAUGAAAUUGGGAGCCAUUUCUCCCGGUUCUGCCGACUUCUUGGUGUAACAUGACCUGUUGAUAAUUGUCUUGAUCCUUUCUGAGCGUGAUUUAGCCCUGCAA